AUGAAGUGUUGUGAGCUUGUGGGGCUCAGGUACAAAUGCCAGGAGGAACACAGUAUGGAGGGAAAGGAGGUCAGAAACACUAUAGUCAUCACCUUUGCCUUCCAGGUGGUGUUCACGGCAUUCAACGCUUUACAGAACAUGCACAGCUCGCUUCACGACGAAGAAAGUCUAGGAAACAUCUCCCUGGCCAUCAUCUCUGCCACAGCUAUCGUGUCCAGUGUCUUUGCGCCUACCAUCAUCGGCCUCAUUGGAACCAAGCCAGCCAUCGUCGCCUUCUUUGCCGCCCACUGCUUGUAUGUUUUGGCGAAUUUCUACCCGUCGUUCGCCACCAUGGCGCCGGCAGCCUUUGCUCUUGGAGCCUUUAAUGGACCGGCCUGGACCUCGCAGAUUGAAGACCCUGAGGGCUGGGUCAUUGACAUCAUUCUGGGCAUUUUCAUGUCCUGUACACUGCUGGGUCUCUUCAUGGUUGUCUUCUUGUUGUCUCCACUACCUCGCAGCGAGUGGAUUCAGCGCGUCAGCGUGCACAAGUCGGCUACUUCCUGCUUCAGCGUGCUCGUCUCCACCAACAUGAUUUUGCUGGCCCCUUUUAUCUUGUUUACGUCUAUAGAACAAGGCUUCUUGCUGUCGUCGUAUACCAAGUCUUACGUCGCCUGCCCACUCGGCAUCCACAUGGUAGGCUACGUGAUGGCUUCCUACGGGGCAACAACUCCAGUAUUUGUAUUCAUCGUCAGCCGUUUGGCUAAAGUUGCCGGUCGCUUCCUGCUCCUGACACUCUCUAUGGUUGUACAGAUCGUGUUGUUUAUUAUCUUGUUCCUGUGGUCGCCGACAGCUGAUGACGAACUGUUCAUCUUCCUGUUGCCUAUGGUGUGGGGAGUGUCAGAGAGCGUACUUUUAGCCCAGGCCAACUCUCUGAUCGCAAUGCUAUUCCCAGACCAAAAGGAACCUGCCUUUGCUAAUUUCCAUGCCUGCAGGAGCUUGGGUUACACAAUCAGCUUCCUGAACGCCAGCUACAUGUGUGUCUCCACCAAGUUGAUUGUGUGUCUGGCGUUUGCUAGUUUCGGCUUGCUCCUCUACGUCAUCGUCGAGUUCAAGACCAGG